UGUCAAUUUUCCGCAGUUGUGUUUGAAAAUGAGUGAAAAAGCACCGGAAUCCUUUGUUUUCGUGGAAGAAAUGAAGUCUUCAUCGGACGAAAAUACGAUGAGUAAGCAGUAUACAUUUUCUGUGCCUUCUUUGCGGUGCAGCCCGGGUCAGAUGUCGACUGUCGACGAGGACAUUUGUUCUGAACCCACGCCAGUCGAUGUUACUCAGCCACAGGAACCAGAUGAUCAGUCAAAAUUAUCAAUGCUUCGUCGAUUGCCCAUGAAAAAGCUGGGUUUUCUGGCUCUGAAAGGAAUUUCCAGAGGAAAAGCAUUGCGGAAACGAGCGACUUUGCGAGUACCAGCUGCUGAUGCGAUUCAGCAGAGACCGAGAAGCCCGGUGCCAUUAAAAAUCCGUGAAAAUCAAAGAGAGCUCCGAAAACAGCAAAAGACGCGACAAGAAACAAAUGUCAAGCGGUGGUCAAAGUUGGUCCGAGCCUGCAACGCCACAAACUCUCCUACAGAUUCACCGGAAGCCUCAGAAAAACUGAGUUUACUAAAACGAGGAUUUUCUACAGACGGGUCACCGAGUUCGGAUUAUACUCUGGAGUCAUUCGACGAGCCCUUGAUUUGUGUUCAAGCACUCGAAGUGCCAUCCCAUUCGGCUUUGUCAAACGCCAAGAAAAAGUUGGAAACUUGUUCUCCCGAGUGGUUGAGGGACUUCUUGGAACACGGGGGCUUGAAAAAGCUGUUGUUGCUCAUCAACCGCCUGGGGGCGAGACACGCGGUGCCCAAGCACCGGGUUCACACGAGUUUGCACGUCGCAUUGCGACAAAUCCAGUGUGUGGGAUGUUUGCAGACCUUGGCCAAUUCUCGCGGGGGAUUGCGUUACAUCGCCAGCCGACCAGAACACGUGUCCUUGUUUGCAGAGAGUUUACAGAUGAAAACCACACUGGCCCGCAAGCAAAUAUUCGAGCUUUUUUCCGCCUUAUCGCUGUAUUCACAAGACGGACACCGGCUGGUUCUCAAAAUUCUUGAAGAAUAUCAGGGUAUUUUGAAGAAAGAACAUCGGAUGCAAGUAUUAGUGCAGGAAUUAAGCGGAGAGGGAACCCAGGAACUUGAUGAAGUUUCUCCAGCGUAUUUGGCAACUGUUCUGGGUCUGAUAAAUUGUCUGAUCCGAGGUUCACCUUCGAAUGUUCUUGGAAGUAGCCAGGCGUUGCGGGUAGAAUUCCAAGCUGUCGGUCUGGAAAAGGCUCUUGAUGCCUUGAAACGUUCGCCUGUUAGUGCCAGAAGCGAGGAACUUGACAUUCAGAUUAAUGCUUAUUACGAGCUCAAGGCCGAGGACGAGGCAGAAUUACGGGCCCUGGGCAUUCCUGUGAACGAAGACUGCAACAGCACUUUUAUUAAACUCACUCACAAGGGUAUUUUAAAGAAAGAACAUCGGAUGCAAGUAUUAGUGCAGGAAUUAAGCGGAGAGGGAACCCAGGAACUUGAUGAAGUUUCUCCAGCGUAUUUGGCAACUGUUCUGGGUCUGAUAAAUUGUCUGAUCCGAGGUUCACCUUCGAAUGUUCUUGGAAGUAGCCAGGCGUUGCGGGUAGAAUUCCAAGCUGUCGGUCUGGAAAAGGCUCUUGAUGCCUUGAAACGUUCGCCUGUUAGUGCCAGAAGCGAGGAACUUGACAUUCAGAUUAAUGCUUAUUACGAGCUCAAGGCCGAGGACGAGGCAGAAUUACGGGCCCUGGGCAUUCCUGUGAACGAAGACUGCAACAGCACUUUUAUUAAACUCACUCACAAGAGUUUAAGUCUCAAACUUGGCACCUCAUCUCUCAAAAACAAUGGUGUUGAACACAAUGCUUCCAAUGGUUCAAUGAGGAAUGGAAUCCCUCCACCUCCACCACCACUACCUUCCAUGACUGUGAUAGAUUUUGGUGCAACGAGAAGUGUGACACUGCCACCACCACCACCACCACCUCCUCCGCCUCUACCACCACUUUCUUUUGUGGCAGCUGGUCCACCUCCUCCUCCACCUCUUCCAGGUUUUGGAGCUGCUCCACCCCCACCUCCACUACCAGGUUCCGUGACAGGAAAUGGUCCUAUAAUGCCUCCUCCACCACCCCCUUUACCCGGCGGAGGUGCUUUCCGGGCACCACCACCACCACCACCCCCUUUCAUGGGCAUUGGUGCACCAUCUUCGUCAUCAAAACUUACACAAAUUAAUCCACCUAAGCCGCAACCGAAAUCUAAAUUGAAGACGUUGAAUUGGAUGAAAAUGGAUCAGCGAGAUAUCGAACUGUUGGAUUCGAAGAAAAGCCUGGCAGUCAACAUUUUUUUGAGGCAGUUCAAGGUUCCGCCGUCAAAAUUGCUAGAAGAGAUUUCAUCGUGUGACGUUGUUCACCUACAAACUGAGCAUUUCCAGAAAUUGGCAACCUUUUUGCCGGAUUCUGCUGAGAUCGAAAUGCUGAAAGCAUUUACGGGUCAGAAAGAGAUACUCGGAGUAGCUGAGAAUUUCCUGCUGUCGAUCAGUGAAAUGCCGUCGUUUCGACUGCGAAUUGACGCCCUGAAAACGAGAUGCAAGUUUGAGGAAGACUGGAGUAGACUGAAAUCCCAAUUGGAAACGGUCGAAAAAGCCUGCGAAGCAGUUCUUGAUGCCAAGAAACUCACACAAUUUCUGCUGCUGAUUCUCGAAACCGGUAACUACAUGAAUUCGGGAAGUUACGCUGGAAAUGCCGCUGGCUUUAAACUGAGCUCGCUGCCGAAAUUGACUGAAAUCAAGGCGAAUUCUGGAAGAAUAACGCUUCUGCAUUACAUUGUGUCCGAGGUCCAAAGACGGGACCCAGGAUUGCUGAGUUUUCCAAACGAUCUGGAAGUUCUUCACGAAGUUUUGAAAAUUCCACUGGAAACCUUGGAAUCCGAAGUUGAACAAGUGAUCAAAGAAAUUCGUGAUCUUCAAGGCGGAUUAGAGGAAUCUCCUGAGCUGAAGCCGAUAUUCCAC